AUUGACUCAGUUGUCACAUAAAGUCUGUAUCUGUCAUUGAACAAAUACAAAUAAGUACUGCAUUUUGUUGCAAAAUGAGCAAAUUAACAAAUAAUCAUAAAUUAAUCGUCCCUACUGCUCACUAAAUUCUAUCAAAACAAAUUUGUAUGUUUACGAGAAAUACCUAAUAUAUAAUGAAAUGAUAGGCUCAACCAAGUCCAGAUUGGUGUCUGAAAUAGUACGUUCAAUUAGCACUUCAUCUUGGUUACGCGCCAACCAUUAUGACGUUCUGGGAGUCACACCGAAAGCCACGCAGUCCGAAAUUAAAUCUGCUUAUUACAAACUGUCAAAAGUCUAUCAUCCAGAUAAAUCUUCAGAUGAAACAUCUGCUAAAAAGUUCAGAGCAAUCACAGAGGCAUAUGAAGUUCUUGGAAAUAUCAAGUUAAAAAAAAUUUAUGACAAAGGACUGCUGGUUGGUCAUGAGAGUGCAUCAAGGAUGGAAUAUAAACCUGAACCUGAACCAACAGAUCCCACCCUGAAAUUUUAUAAGUCACAUCAACAUCGCCAUAUUACACCAACAAUGGAUGGGAGAACACCAAUAUAUGACUUUGAUGCUUGGUCAAAGAAUCAUUAUGGCAAUUUAUUUAAAAAAUCCCAAUAUGAUAAAGAUUUGCUAAGGACCAAACAAGCAAAUCGAAAAGCUACUAUAGAAGCUACCAAACAGGAAGCAUUAAUAUAUUUAGUACUUGCUUUAACUGGUUUCUUUUUUAUGCUAGUGAUACAUGGCAAAGAAGACUAUGAUCAAGAUAUGACCAUUAGACAAAAUGCACAAAAAUUAAAAAUUGAAACCAAAAGAGAUUAGAUUAGACAAUAUUUAGUAGGAAGAUAUCAUUGUUUUGAAAAACAUACAUAAGAAUGCAGGCUGUAUGGUUACUGUCAUUCAUACUUAUACAAUUAUGGUGUAUGGAGAUGUAACACAUCGAUUCUCAGUAAAUGCAACAUAUAAGAAAACUUUUAUAUGUUGUCAUAUGGUCAGAAUGUCUAUGUGAUAUCUUAAUCAAAAUCGGAGCUAACUUUUUUAAAAAUCAUGCAGUUAUCGAAGUUAAUUCAUGUAGGGACUGGAUGUUCAUUUAUAUGCAUUAUGUCAAUCGGGCAUUGAUGAUAUAUUUGCACUUAUCAAAAUCUUUCGUGUAAUAUGCUAUGCAUUGUAUAUAUUGUACAUAUAUAAAAUACAUCAAAACCUAUAGGAAAAUGUGAUAAUAUUUAAAAUAAUAAAACAAAAUAUUCUUAUUACAAUUUAUAUUGUUUUACUUGUACUUAAAUAUUACGAUAUAAAGUAAAUUUAUGUUGAAAUAUUAAAAUAUAUGAAUGAAUAUUGAAAUUUCACUGCAAUUUCUUAAUCAGUUAAUUUAUUGCAUUAAACGACAUUGUUUAUCAUUGCAAUAUACGAUAUAACUUCGUAUAUUUCAAGAUUUGUUAAAGACGUCGCGAAUUGUUAUAAGAAAUAUGAAGAUUACCCCGAGCAUACAAAUUUUACGUUUAUAAUGUUACUUUAGAUUAUAAAGCUGAAGGAAAGAUGAAUCUUAAUAAUGUGGACCCAUAACCCCGUUGCUAGCAAUCUACGAUACCAGUACGACCUCCACGCGAUUCCCCAUGGAAACAAUCAUUGAUAAAUUACCAGUUAAUUC